CUGACCUCUUACUCAAUAAAGUUUGCUUCAUUUUGAAACUAGAGACAUUCAAUAACAAAGAUGGGUAUUAUUUAUGUAGUUUUAUCGUUUUUAUUAUUUGGAAGCGUUUACACAUCGCUUGAAUAUAACAAGAGAUUGCCACCAGUAGCCUUUGACUCGGCAAGUAGUGAGCUCCCUCAAAUGAAGUUUGAGACCAUCACUGUAACUAAAGGGCGAUAUGGAACUUAUAUCAAAGCUAACUUUAAAAUGAACAAAAAACAAUAUUUUGGUAGUGACUAUCAUUCUACGUGGUUUGUAGAUAAUGUUCCUGUCCAAUCUAUUUACAUUAAGAACAAGGAUUUCUUCUCCGUUGGAAAUUCAGUGGAAUCCGUUUCCGAUGGCCGUUUGAUUUCAUUCGAUAUAUCAACUUCUUUGACUCCUAUCGAUAUUACAAAUAAAACAUUUAAAGUUAUUGUCAGAUACAAGCAUGAUGAAUUUUUAUACUUAAAAAAGAAGAAGGAAUCAAGACAUUUCUACAGCUAUCAGAACUAUGAAAUAACAUUCAAAGGUUCUGACUUGGGUUUCCCUGCUGUUGCCUCUUCACAAACAUAUAGCUUUGAUAACUUUGAGUUUUUCAUAGCUAAGCAAUCGAGUACAAGGAAAUACAGAGGUAUGUUUGGUUUCGGCUACGACUCUGACAGUUCUGUUAAUGAAAUCUCCACGUCGUUUGAAGGGUUUGGAAUCAAAACAAAACCAGCCAGAUAUUUUUAUGAUAUAGCCACACGGGGUGGUAAUACUACACUUCUAAGCUUUUCAGAGAUCUCAGUUCCGCCAUUAUCCAACAAGCUUAAGAUUGUCAAUGUUGAUUUAGUGGAAGAAGCUAAGAAAAUGUAUCAUGGUUUGUUAAAAGUAACAGUUUCUACAACAAACCGGUUUAACGUAGAUAUCAAGUAUGUCUUCGAACUAACAAGCUAUCUUUACAAUGGUGUAAGCCUCAAAGAGCCUUUCUUUCCUCUUACUGGAUUAAUCAUAACAAAUUUUGAGGAAAGUGAUAAUGCAGAAAAGACUACAUUAAUUUGCAGAGUAUUUGGUUUUAGAAAUGCCAAAGUUGAAUUAUUCCUGCAAACAACAAAGUCUGAUGACAGAGUAGAAGUUACUAAGAAUGUUUACCCGAUCUACAAUGAAUACGAAACAGUGCAAACGCUAGUCUUUGUUGAAAACAAAGACAGGCAGGCUGGGACAUAUUUUUGUGUAGCAACUAGUUUAUACGGAGAAAAAGUGUUCAAAGUCGAAAAGAGAAGAAAUAUGUUUCUACCAUAAAUAUGUUGGUACUUGAAUUGUAUAUCAGGUCAAAUUUCGACUAAGAAAGAUAAAUAAUAAACAAAUAAAAUACAGCUUUAUAAA